UAAUACACCGCGGCGAAGAUGAGAUCCGAGACUGCGUUGUAUCUGCUUUCGAUGCUGAUCCUGUCGCUCAACGAUCCUUCGUGGGCUUCCGCGGAAAUCAGAGGAUGCAAUCGUACCAUCAGAAAUUCGGUCGGCUGGAUUCGAUGGACGGGACGGAUGGGUCGAUGCAUCGUGCGAAUCAGAGCGCCUCUCAAAGAUCCGCAGGUGAUCGAGGUGAAAGUGAGAAGGUUGCAGGUAGGCUUCCUGAAGGAGGCCCGUUGCGAGGGAGCGUAUUUUCAGUUCUCAGACAGCGCCGACGAUCUCGACGACGAGACAACAGGUCGAUAUUGCGGCCACGUGACCGGAAACGCUACGAGGCUAUUUCUACGACGCGGGCCCGACCUAACGAUCAUCCUGUCGUCGGACGAGCAGUUCGCCUCGGCGAACCCGGUCAUCUUUUCCGCUCAAUUCUCCAUCCUGCCGGUGCGCCUGGCGGUCGAGCGUCAUCGCGGCUACUCCGCGUCCGCGUCGCCGACGUGCCCCGUGGAGUGCACCGUCCGCAACGAGCACAGGACCUGCAGGCUGACCUCGCCGGGCUACCCCAGCGUCUACCCGCGUGGGAUUAGAUGCAGGGUGGCCCUGGAGUCGAACGCCGGCCGCUUCAGGAUAGGCGGUCAGCCGGAGGACCUCUUCGACCUGAUGAACUACACGGAUCAGGAGGGCUGCCAGAUGGAGAAUUGCGAGGACUCCUUCGACUCCGGGGAAAAGGGCGGAUUGUCGGCCGGCGCGAGGGGUGAGAGUCGCGCCGAAGCGGAUGGCUCUAUUGUCGUCGGGGACGUGGAUUCUCGGUCGAGGUACGGGCACGGCGGCGGCCGGAUUCCUACGAUGAAACGCACCGCGGAAACGAACGGACAAUUAACGUGGCUCAGGCACUACGGGAAAAAGACGAUACGGCGGCACGAGGGGGAGCGACGGGGUCACAAAGAGCUGCCGCCUAAGUCCGACACGAGCGAGCCUCGCAUAAAAUCAAUGCGUCCGAAGAUAACGAGGAAGAGGCAUCGAGGGGUCCUCUCGAAUCGUUACUUCAAUGGCGACUCUGAAAGCGAAACGAUCGGUAGCGAAGCAACGGCGCCGGAACCCAAAUACCUCGGGGAGAAUCGAUCGUCGGGAAAUACCGCGUGCGGUGGCGGCGACUAUCUCGCGCUUCUGGAAAACGUCAACGGGCAGAUCCUGGAGAUCUCGAGAUUCUGCGGGAGCGGGCGGGUGCCGCGGAUCUACACGCGCGGGAAGAGCGUGAUCCUGGAGUUCGUCGCGCGCGAGGACGGCACCGUGGCCCACGACGGCUUCCAGGUGACCCUGCACGAGGAGCGCGUCGCGCGUGAGGUGAGACGCGCGCGAUGCGAAUUCGCGUACCGGAGCACCGGGGGUCGGCCGCGGAAGGGCGGCGGUAGGGAGAGCGCCGGCUCCCCGCGGGGCUGGUAUCCCCCCGGCACCGUGUGCACUUACAAGUUCCACGGCAGGGCCACGGAGAGGGUCUCGAUUCACAUAAAGAUCCAGCGAAACGAGCCCGAGCCCGAGAAACCGGAGAUGGGGAGGCGAAACUCCACUCUGAACUCUUGUCCGGGCAACGAGAUUACUGUUUACAAUGGAGCGCAGGUAAACGACAGCUUCCUGAUGUGGUCCUACUGUGACGCGUCUCAUUGGGACAUCAACAACAUCCAAGUACCUUUGACGUCUAGCGGAAACGAAUUAUUGAUCCGGUACUACAGCGCCAAAGGGUCCCAGGAUGGGCAGGGAUUCACUUACGCUAUAUCCUACCGGUUCAUCAGGAAGGAGCGCAACGCUACCGUCGCGAGACCCAAGUACAAGCCGAUCUCCCUGAGGCCGAUCAACCUGUCGGCUCUCAAUCUCAACGACACCGAGAGCUACGAUUGCGACAGCAGGAUCGGCACGUUCAAGAACUGGUUCGCGGUGCUCGCGGUCUUCGGUAUCGUGUCCUUCGUUGGGGCCGUCGCCACGAUCGUCGCUCUGACGGUCAAAUGCCUGCGGAUCGGAUCCAACGAGAAGAAGCUCUUGCAGAACGCGAAACACUGAGGUUUCCUGCGCGUAGGUCUCCCCGUUUCUCUUUGUCGAGCGACAAAAGUGGAAGCGAUCGAAGCAACCGAACUCGUAGGAGAAUAAAGAGCCUCGCGUCUCGCGGGCGCAGAAAUCACCGAAAAAAAGGAUGGAAACGAGAUCCAGCCAGGGGCUCAAGUAUGAAUUUGGAGAUCCAGAGAGCUGCGGGAUCUCGGUCAAACCUCUCAAGAAUGAGUCGUCGGACGACGCGUGUAAAUAUCCGCGAAAGGAAAAGAAGACACGCGGAGAGAAAGAGCGAGAAAGGAGAAAUUUUGGCAUCGUAUUUUCGAUAUCUCGUGGCACGGAAGGAUUCCCCCGUUUCCCGACACACGGAGAACGAUGUACAAUUAUUGUAUACGGAUUUGAAUUUUUAUACAUCUACAUUAUACGAAAACAGUAAUAAACUGAAAUAAAAUAUGUGUAGGCAGAAUA